GCAUCAGGUUCGUAAUCUAUUAUUAGAAACUUGUUGAAGCCGUGAACUAACUUCUAAAACCAAGAAAUCCAAGAGUUAAAUUCAUUUGUGCCAGUAUUUUCAAAUUACUGUUCAAUUUAAACAUUCCAUAAAACAAUUAAUUUCCUACUUGUAAGUAUAUGAUCGCAAUGAUCUCAUAUUUUAUGAAUAUAGUCAAUAGACGACAUGUUAUAAGGUCUAUGAUCAGCUGUGUCAAGCUUCCGUAAUCAUACUCUAAGGAAGUCUUCUGAUUGCGCAAUAUCAAUAAGGCAAGGCGACGCUGGUUGGUGUCCAACAAAGCUGGAAGUCUGUUUCAAUCAUAUUGUAUGAAUAUAUUAACAGUUUCCCAUAAUUUCAAUGUUUAGUUUAACAUUUAUAUUAUCCCCCUUUUAAAUCCAUUAAUAAUACAGCCGGCUGAUAGUGUGGUAGCCAUCAGUAUCAGCCAUAAAAAUAAAUUAUAAGUAUAAGAUAAACUUUCAUCCAUAAUAAAUACAAAAAGUUGAUGUAAUCUGAUAAAGUUACAAUUCACAAAGUAGGCUGAGGCUAAACAAAAAAUAUUACUAAAUGAAAAGUCGUUUAAUAAUAAUUAAAGUUAUUUUAUUUCAUGCAUUUUGACUAACACUUAAACUUAAGUUAAAUAAGAACAAAUUUGAUUAGAUUAUAAUAUACAAAAGUAGUUACAUUUGUGCUUCAACUUCAGGCAGCCACCUACCUCAGAGAGAGCCCCGAUUUAACUAUCGAUUUGCCACAUCUAAUAAUGAAAUUAAACAUCAUCAGUAUCGGUUCUGCCGAAUUGGAAGGGAUCUGCUGAAUCUCACCUCUGGACUUAGCCCUGCUCAUCGUCAUCAUCAUCCCUAAAAAUUUACUGAUGUCUGACAGUCUCACUAACUAGUCACAGCAAAAUCAUUUUCCAAGCAAAAGCUGUGCCCGAGGCAAAGCCUUAAUUAAGUUGCCUAAUUCCUCCAAAAAAGUAUUUAGUACAACACAUUAUCAGCGUUAUGCAUGAAAAAUUAAAAGUGUUUUUUUAUUCUUCUAAAGAUGGUUUCCACUUUUCACACCACCCCCACCGGCCCACUUUCACACAGCUGUGGUCACAGCUAAGCAGCUGAUUAUCUUGAACUUGUAUAGGGUUGAGGACUUCAAUAAAAUAAUGAAAUACAAAAUGGCCAUGAGCCUGCUGUUUAGUAUAGUUCUAUAAGUCUAAGCUAGUAACUGUUACAUCUAUUUUUUUCCCACAUUUUCCCUUUCUAUCUGAGAUCUAGCAGGCCUAGUCUGAAGGUCACUUUCACUUAUGUAAAAUUUUCAAAUAAAAAAAUUGAUAUGCAUUGCAUUUACACUAAAUAAAUAGUAAUUAAUUGUAAUUCACGAUUGCAGCAUCAAAAUAUUUUUUCUGUUAGCUUAUCGACUUAUUAACUGAUUAACUACCAGAUGGAAAAAGCCACUGUAGCCAAAUUAAAUCUAGGACACAUUUUCUCAUUUUAGGUAAAGGUACAAAUUCAGCUGCAGUUUUCUUAAUUAUAAACAUAUUCUGAGUAUUAACCCAUUUUAUGGGUAAUUCAGUUGUCUAUACUAUAAGAUAAACUUAAAACAUUUGUAAAGUUAAGUUGUGUUAGGAAAUUAUUAAUUGUUAAAUUGGUAUUUACAACAGAAAAACAAUUAAAAAAAUAUAUAAAUGUGCCACUUAUGCAUAAAUUUUUAAUUUCUAAAUCAUUUAAAUCAUUUUAUUUGGUGGUUUAAAAAUAGUAUAUCUAAUAAUAAGAAUAAUGCACCAAAGAACACAGAAAUUGAAUAAUAUUUACACUUCCAAUCACUUGUAUGCCUUUAGUAACCCUGUAUUUUGUUGCCACGGUAAACAAGUAUUAAAAUUUUGUAACUAGUUUGGAAAUUAAAUCAAAAUUAAUUAAUAGCUAGUUUUUUAAAACAUUAUGCUGAUAGCAUGCGGUUUGAAUAUAAACAUCAUGUCGGUAAAUUAAAAUCUCAAAGCAAAGCGAGAAUAAAAUAAUAAUAUUUGACCCGAUUUACUAUGAUACAAACGCUUGACGCUACCAGCGGCUGGUGGCCAUAACAGAAUAAACGCUGAGCUGCUCCCAUGGGCUCAUGGUAGUUAAACAGUUAAAAUAUGAGUUGUAAAACUGAUGCAGUUUGUAAUUUAUUUAAUUCAUAUUUUUUUGUCUCAGUCUGCAGCCCUUUUUUCAUUAGGAAAACAUAAAUAUUCAAAUAGAUCUACUGGUGGUUAAGGUCCGAUCUUAACAACUGAAAGCCCAUACCGUUUUUUUAAUAAUAAUUUGUAUAACAUUUUGUCAAGGUACGAUCAUAUGUGCUUUGCUUUUAAACAAAUUCAGAUGUGCCCCAAGAUGCAUCCACUAGUUUUUUAAUUUAUAAAAAAUUUCCCUCCCCACACCUAAGCCAGCCUUCUUAAUUUCUCUACCCCCACCAAUCAAUCAAAGGGAUUUAUCUUCUCAAAAGACCUGUAUUUAUGAAAGAAUUAUAUUAAUUAAAAUCUAGGUGUGUGUGGGGGGUGGGGCUAUAUACGUGUCAUCAUUUGAGAAAUUUGGGCAUAAGGAUGAAAAAAUAUUUCAGUGCAUUUGAUUUGAUUGGAUAAAGAAAACUUGCAGCCUGCAAUUAGCUGAGUUGAGAUGAAAUUGUCCCUUAGAGCCAUUUGGGUUGGCCACCCUUGUUGUAUUGUAUAACAAUGGAUUGCUUAAACUAAUAAAUAUCGCAGUAAGCGUUCAUCAUUUUGCAUGUAACAGCAUAGCUAGAGGUGGACAAUGUCUCUAUUAAUUAUAUCAAUUGCAAUAAAAUCAAUACAAUUAAAAUUUUGAUAGUCUUACUAUACUAUCAAAUCUUUCCCUAGGGUAGUACUCCAUGUUUAGUAAAUAUAUCACAUAUGAAAAAUAAAAUGUUAUUGCUGCUGGUUUUAAAUUCCUGUUCUUUAAAUGUUGGGGAAUAUCUAUUUAAUUUUUUCAUGUUUAGGCUUUUUCAUUUAACUUGCAAGCCAAAAACAAAAUCAGCAACAAAAUGAAAUGAUAUAGUUUUUAGUAACUAAUAUUAAAUAUAUGCUAUUUUUCCAGAAAGCUGUGCUGUAAACAACUUCCGGUUAAGUCAUGCCUCCAAAGAAAUCAUACGACUCAUAUGAUACAGAAUCCGAAGGUGACUCCCAGUCUGGCAAACCCUGUGGUACCAAGAGGCAAAAAUUGGAUAAGAAUAGUGAAGAGUAUAAAAAAAGGAGAGAGCGUAACAAUGUGGCGGUGCGUAAAAGCAGAGAGGCUAGCCGACAGAAGGCAAAAGACACAAUGGAAAAGGUUGCUCGUCUCCGAGAAGAAAACUGGGCCUUGGAACAAAAAGUGACAAUUCUUAACAAAGAGUUGGGUGUGUUACGGGACCUUUUCCUCACUCACGCCACCGCAACAGCAGCUGUCCAGGCUCAACAUGUAACAAAAGUAAAAAAAGAGAAUGGAGACGAUGAAAUAUCAGAAGAUAGUUGUGCAAAAUCAGAUGCAGCUAGUAAUGAUCAUUUGCACUUUCUGGUCAACAACUCUUAGUUUACGUCAUGGAGAGGAAAUUUAAAAUAUUACAAAAUGUAAUGUAAAGGUGCUUUUGCAAGGAAAAGCUAAAACAGUCAGCUUUGAGACAAUGUACUCACACUGUGCAGAACCAAGACCGAAUUGAGAUCAAACACAGAAUCUUUUCCUCUUGGGUUCCACAAACGAAGUACUUGGUCUGUCUGUCAUAGUGACUAAUUUAGCCUCAGAUGUAUUUGUUUAGCUUAUUAUAAUUAUAAUAACCACAUCUGUUAUGUAGCAAUAAUUGACACCAAUGUCUUAAAUAACUCUGAACAUUCUUUUAUGGACUGGUGAAAAUGUUCUAAAGCUUCAUUUGACAUAAUUCAGUGCUUUUUAAAAAACAAUGAUAAACAUUGAAAUUAUAUUUCAGAAACUUCCUUUUCAUAUCUAACAAACUGUUAAAUUGUUAAUUUCUUUAGUAUUAUUAUUAAUAUUUUUUUUUUUUUUGUUAGUGGUGAAUAAUUCAAAAUUAUUUUAAAUUAAAAACAUUAAUAUUUCCUUUCAUUAAAAAUAUCAAAGUAACUGAAAAGGAAAAAAAUAUAUUUGAACUAUUUGCCAUCAGAAAAAAAAUUGCUUAAUUAAAUUUAUAUCAUAUUAUUACAUGUUUUGAAAUAGAGUGAUUUGUUCAAUAAGAAUUUUUAACAGGUAUAUCAAUUACAUAAAAAGCAUAAAAUGCCAGAUUAAAAUUUAAAAAAAAUGAAAUAAUGGGCAUUCUUAUGUUCAUAGUAUUUAGCUAUUGUUUAAGAUCCUUUUGUAUAUGCACACAUUAAAAAAAAAAAGUCUAUUUAUAUAUUAAUCUUAUUUCAAGGGUUCCCAACUCCUGUUUCCUGUGGAGUUGUCUGCUGAAAAAUUAAACUAAAGAGAGUAAUGUUCUUAAGAAAUAUUCAUGUAGAGUAGAUUUUCAACAUUUCUUAAUUUUAAAUGAAACAUUAAAUGUUGCGCUUGGCAUGAGGUUAGCAUGAGCGAAAACUUGAACCCAAAUUUUAAAGUUUGUGAACGAUUUAUAAUCUAAAUUAUCACAUGAAAUAUAUUUUAAGUUAAGAUUAUAUUUGAAUUGUUUAAUAUUUACCAAAAAUUAUAUUUUUAAUGAAUUUUCAUUUACCCCAUUAAAGUGUAUUGGGAUCAUAAGGCACUUCUUUUAAAUAAAAUGGGGUCAGAGGUCACUUUGCUAUUUAAAUUCAAUAAAGUUUAGGGUACUAUAAAAUAUUUUUUUAAAAAGCAGCCUGGUGGGGUAAAUAACGUACAGAAAUGAGUUAUAGAAUAAAAUGCUGACACUGUUUAUGUCGGGUUAUGGCUACCAGUUGUACUUUAAUGUACUUCAAAGCAAGACUUGUAGCACAGGUGAAGAGCGUAAUGAUUUAAACGAUCUAAGAAAAUGUGUUGUUUCAAAGCACACAGUAAAUUGAUCUAUUUUUUUAUGUUAAGCACAACAUAAAUACGGUAACACGGAUCAAAGGACAUUAAUUUGUAAAAAAAAUUUGUCAUUACUUUCAAUAACCGGUGUCUUUUCAUUUGUACAGACAAGAUAUUUUUUGUAAAACAACCUGUUUGGCUCCAUCUGUAAUCAUGUCCCAUUGAUUUAUGAUUUGUUACCACACACAAGUGCAACAGUUUGAAUAUGAGACAAUUUCACCUUUUGAUGAAUAUAAUAUUUAUAAACCACUGUUACUGUUAACAUUGCUUACCGGUAUGUCACAGGUCUAACCAGACAAAGUGUUAUGGACAGUGUACAGAUGAGCUCCUGGAUGUUGAAUUGGUCCUUGUAAACAAAAUGUUACGCCCUGACUGGUGUUUGUUGUUCCAAUAGUUUCCUUUUUUUUACAUAGUAAUACUAUACUAUAUGAAUGGUAUGGGAAAUGUAACUCAUAUGUAAAAAAAAUUGUGAUAAUGACUAGAGGUACAUGUUUACAUCAUCUACAGGAUGGUACGCACAUCUGCCUUCCUAUUGAGCUAAAAUGUAAUGCUCUUGAAGGUUUUUUUUUUCCUUGUAUUUAUUUAGCAUUCUGUCCAAUGUGUUUCUUUUUAAUUCUGUUACGAGUAUUGGAAAAACUCCAUAAGCACUUUACUGAUCUGUAGUACAAUGAAUCACAGACUGUAAAGAAAUUACUAGUAAAACAUGAUAUUGGCUUUUUUAAAGGGUAGGAAAUAUCAUUUCAUAAAAAUAGGUGCUAUAGCAUUUUUUUAAAACAAAAUUUGGUCAAAAUCAGAAAAUUUAAACUUUGUAACUUUCUUAGGUCUUUAAUUCCUCAAAUAAAAUUUACCAGGAAAUUUAAAUGAUUUUUUUUAAAGUUUGUGAUACUGUAUUUGAAAAGUUAAAGCAGUAACUUGUUUAAAUCCUAAAUUUCGAGCCAGUCUUAUUUGUGAAUGACUUCAUUCGUUUUUCUGAAUCAUCCAGGAUGGAUGAUUGGCUCGUAGGAAGUAAUUUGAUCCAUUAACAUCAAUAGGUUCAUAUUUUGUAACAUCAAAACAUAAUUUCAAUGGAAGCUCGACUUGAAAGUUAAUGAGCUUGUGUUUCUUUAUAACUUCAAGUUAAACAAAAUGCAUGCCAGAGUAAAAAUUAAAAUAAUAUCUUUGAAAAAAAUGUCAUUAUUAGUGUUCAAUGAAUUAUCUGUAAAUUAUUUUUUUUUUUUUACUAUAUGUAAAUUAUUUUAUUUUUUUUACUAUAGGGAGGAAGUUGUUAUUUUCAAGGAUUUUAUUAAGGAGAAAUAUGCACAUACUGAAUUUUAUUGCUGUAUGAAUCUAGUAAGUUAAAACUGUAUCAUUAACACUUUCAUUCAUCUACAACUAAAGAAAUUCAUUGUGGGAGUAGACCUUGAAUUUUUCUGCUCUUUACUAGAAACACUAUAUUUCCUAACUAGUUCACAGUGACCAUGAAAACCAUUACUUAUCUAUCUGAGAGGUGGAUUUCAAAUAUAUAUAUAUAUUUUUUUAAGAGUGGAAGAAACAUAUUUGACAUUAAUUUUAAAAUAAGGACAAAG